AUGCAUCGACUUUCUGCGCUUCCGUUCGUAGUUCUCGCGGCCUCAGCGCCUGUCCUGGCUGCUGAAUGCACGACCGAAGCUUUUGCGACAAUCCUCCAAGAUAACUCGAAUGCCACGAUUAACUUCGUAAAGGCUAUCCCGCAGAAUGGUAGUUUCGGUCAAGGCGCGGUCGACAUCCCCUUCCCCACGAAUGCCACGAAACUACCAGCACUCUGUGCUGUUGGUAUCAAUGUCAGGUCAUCCGAAAACUCGUCGUACAACUUCGGUCUCUUCCUCCCGGACAAGACAUGGAACGGCCGAUUCCUUACCACGGGAAAUGGUGGAUUUGGAGGUGGCAUAAAUUGGCCCGACAUGGGGAUGUUCUCUCAGUACGGGUUCGCUUCGAUGUCGACUGAUACUGGGCAUAAUUCUUCUGCCAUCGAUGGUAGUUGGGGUCUCAAUGCUCCCGAGACCUUGAUCGACUGGGGCUACCGAGCCAUGCACGGGUCAGUUGUGCUUUCUAAGGAAAUCAUUACGGCAUAUUACGCAAGCCCGGAUGGAAUCAAAUAUUCCUACUACGCAGGAUGCUCGACUGGAGGCCGACAAGGUCUCAAAGAAGCUCAGCUGCAUCCCGAUUCCUUUGAUGGAAUCUCUGUUGGAGCUCCAGCUUGGUGGACUGUCCAUCUAGCCGCGAAUACUUUGAGGUUGGGCCUUUCUAACCGUCCGGACACCGACCCUGGACAUAUUGAUCCCUCGAUCUUUAGUGAGAUCGUCGUUCCAGAGAUCACCAAGCAAUGCGAUCCUCAAGAUGGCUUGGUCGAUGGUAUCAUUAACGAGCCGUAUUCGUGCAACUUUAACUACGAAGCACUCUUGUGCACACCGAGCUCGAACCAAACGACGUGCCUCACUCCCGCACAGUUGGAUACCCUAUACAAAUUCUACAACCCGUGGAUAGAUGCCAACCAAACAUACGUGUUUCCUUCAAUGGCACUUGGGACGGACCCGACCUUCUCAUUAGGAGCGGACUUGACGCCUCUUGCCUUUGACUUGUUCAAAUACUGGACUUAUAAUAAUUCCGACUGGGACUACACGAAGUUCACGUAUAGCGACGUUCAAUUCGCGGACACCAUCAACCCUAGUGGCGCCACUGCUGACAAUUUCGACCUCAGCCCAUCAUCGGAGCGCGGAACCAAGAUCCUGAUGUAUCACGGAGCAGCAGACGCCUUGAUCCCCACUGGAAGCAGUGUCUACUUCCACGACCAGGUAGUCCGGACUCUCGUACCUAAGGGCGUUAAAGUCGAGGACUUCUAUCGCUUCUUCUUGAUUCCCGGAAUGAACCACUGCUCUGCAUCGGACAAUGCUCCUUGGUACAUCGCCAGUGCGAGCCAAUCGCUUGAUGGGGCAACACAUUCUGUGCCUGGAUACGAGGAUGCGGACCAUGAUAUCAUCCUGUCCAUGAUGAAAUGGGUAGAAGAAGGAAAGGCCCCAGAUCAGCUCAUUGCGACGAAGUUCGUGAAUGAUACCGCUACACUAGGGGUUGAGAGACAGCGGCCGCUUUGCCCCUAUCCUAAACAAUCGAAAUACCUCGGAGGGGACCCUGAUAGAUCAAGCAGCUGGGCUUGCAGAAGCUUGUACUAG